AUCUGUUCUCUUUAAAGCCCGAUGUUUUAAUCAACUAACAAACGCCUGAAAACCGAUACAACAGAAAGGGAGUAGUUUUUGUUUACAAUUGUUUUGUUAAUUUCGGAACGCUACCAUUGUAGAGGAGGGUCGAUAAUAAUGAAGUUACUCGUGGUUCAUAUACUUUCGCUCGGAGAGAGAGCAAAUUACGCGAACAUACACGAUGUUUUUUAAUCCGUUAACUCUAUUAUACUGCAUUUAGAGAUUUAUAUUUUACAAUUACGUAUCAAUACACACCAAGCUUACUAUAAGUUGUCAUUUAAUUAGCUGUUUUUGCCUAUUUUAAUAUUCAUACAUUUACAUGUUUAAAUAACUAACCGUACUUUAACAUAGGGCUCAAGGAAAUCAGCUAGUAAUAAGGUAUUGGACAUUGGGCGUCUCACCUUCCUUUACGGACUAUUUUGAAAGUUAGAUGACAAAUCGCGGUCCAACUACUUGGUUUGAUAGUAUAGGUAACUUAAGAACUGAAUGCCCUGCUAAGGAAAAUAACCGACUUCGAAAAAAUGUGAGGGUCUCAGCAUGUCGUCGCCUCGAAGAUUCACAUAGUGAGUUCACGGUAGAGGACGUUCAUUCAGACGGGGACUACAGAAAUUCUGUCUCGCAUCUUCUAUCAAUAAACUUUGGCCUUGACGAGAGGAAUGAAGGUGAAGUUCGUGUGUUUUAUGAUUCAUGCUCCACAACACUUCUUGGUUCAAUGGCUUUAGAGGAGUGAAUAUAAACCACUACGUCUUCUUGGUAGAUCCGGCUUCUGUGUGUAUAUUAUGUUCAGAUAAACCAACUAUAAUCCACACAGCCUACUUUUAGGAAACCUUUUUGAUUAUAUUUGCUAUAAAUAACUUCGUUUGGUGGUUCACAUAUCACUUUGUAUGUUUGUAUUGCAAAUAUAGUUUAUGGAUGCUGAUAUUGCGGAAGCAAUAGCUCAGAUACACGUUAACUACCAAAUUCCAGUACUAUCUUGAGAUAGAUUUGAUGGUUCAAUACUGUGACAUGUAAUCAUCCCACCAUACAUAAAUACUCCAUUUAAAAACAGAGGAUCACGAACGUAUAUAAAAAGUAAGACCAGUUGUAAACCCAACCGUAUUCAGUCCAACAAGAAAGCAUGUUAGCGAGGCUUGAUAAAUCUUAAUUACCGCUUUUCACAUUUAAACAACAGAUAAUUCUUCACUUUUGUUUAAAGGGAGAUCUUCAAUAAGAAAUUGUAAUCGUUAGUGCAAAAUAUCAUGUUUCACCUGUCAAUGAAGCUAGAGUGUGUUUGCCAUCAAAUGAGUGAGCCGUGUUGUAACCAAAAGAAAUGGGCACUAAAUCCGAUAAGCAAGAGAUUUUGUGUGUGUUCCAUUAAGGCUUUGCAGUGAAGCAAACAACUAAAUUUCUGAUUAGAGUAGUAACAUGGGAUGUCGUUUCAUGCGGUUUUGCACAGACAUAGAUGGUUGGAAAACGAACUACUCCACGAGUACCUACACAUAUAGUUAUAGGAAUUGAAGAAAAAAUAACGUAAAUAUACCAAAAUAAUAUAUGGAUUUGUUGGUUAUAUGUUGUUGCUGUUCAGAUUGGUAUUAGCUUCUUUUUUCAUAACCGGUAAGAGGCUAAGAAUUUAUAGCAACAUUAGAUGAAUUUAGUCAAGACAAAUAACAAUGGCAAAUUUAUAUUUGCGAAAUACCCUUGUCAAGAAUUUCAGGAGGUAGAGUCCACUGUAAAAAAAAUUAAAGUAAUAAACUCUCAGUUACCCUAAAGCAGUUCUUUAAGCGUUUAAAAUCAUUAAAUUCCAUUUUGUGAGUGAUUUUAACAGUAAUAACUUGUCGAAGCUGCUAACUAAACCCGUUACCUGUUCAGGGCCUGUAAACUCAAAUAGUUUACAAAAGCUUGCAAUAAAGACAUUAGAUAUUGGUUUCGAACUUGACUUUAUGGGCUAUCCAGUUAGUAAUUAUGGCUUGAUAACGAAGUCUACUGUGAUAACCUAUUUAUGCAGUCACGAGAUUAUUUCCAUUAUCAAGUACAUUUAACUUACGAAACUAUUAAUCUCAACCAAACUAUAAAGCUUAGUAAAUUUGUGUAACU